CAGACUUCACGUCGUUUUUAAGAUCAGGAUAUGUUUAUGUUAAGAUUUUUGUGUUGUUUUUGACCUACAGUAAGUGAUUUAUAAUUUCAACAUUUGUUUAAAGAGGACCAACAUUUCUAUAGAAGUUUGUAUAGAACUGUGAGUCAGGAUAUAUUUGACAUUUCCUUGUUAAAAACAGCUUUGACAAAGCAGUUCUGAAGAAACAUCACGUUUUAUCUAAAAACAGUAGGAACUGCUUCUUUUGCUUGUUAAACAUGGGGGGAGCACAAAGCAAAUUAAAACAGGAAGGUUAUGUAGAAAAACAAAAAACGGAAAAUUACAUUGUUGCCACAAAGGAAGAUAAUACAGUCCUCAUCAAGAUGGUCCCUCUACCACAGCAAUGCAGACAGUCUAUGGCAGCACUGACCUCCGAGAUAAAAACUCUUCAAGAAAUGAAACAUCCCCAUCUUGUGAAUAUAAAUAACUCUUUUGAAGAUGAAAAUCAGAACAUUUACUACGUAGUGAUGGAGGACUGUCAGGGAGGGAACCUUGCUGAUAAGAUAAUAGAAAUGCCGGAGCCUCCAGAAGAAUCAGAGAUUCUGAGCUACAUUGUUGAGAUCUGUAUGGCCUUGAAAGUCAUUCAUGAAGCUUGUUUGCUUCAUAAAGAUCUCAUGCCAAAGAAUGUUCUCUUUACAGAAUUUGGACUAGUGUGCUUGGGUGGAUUCGGGAAUAUCCAUGAAAAUUCAAAAAACCUGUCUUCAGAGCCAACAAUAAAUUAUCUGGCACCUGAAGUCUUUACAGAUGGCACAUAUGACCCAAAAAGUGACAUGUGGUCAGUUGGAUGCAUCCUUUAUGAGCUUUGCACAAAACAGAGAGCGUUCUCUGCUGAGACAGCUAUAAAGCUCAUGCCCAAGAUCAUCAGUGCUGAUUUUCCACAGCUCCCAAGUGACUUUUCCUUUGAGAUUUGUGAUCUUGUGGGUGACCUUUUGAAAAAAGAUCCAAGAGAGAGACCCACAGCCACUGAAAUGCUACAGCGUCCUAUUAUCAUCAGAUGUCUCAUAGAAAAGUGUAAAACUACUGUGGAAGAACUUCAGACCAAGCUGGAUACACUCAGAGCUUUAGCAGAUGGUCUGGAACGUAUUCACGAGGGGACCACCAUCGCCAGUUUGACAGGAGGUGUGAUUGGAGCAGUGGGGGGAAUUACAUCCAUAGUAGGGCUCAUUCUAUCACCCUUCACUUUGGGAGCAUCUCUUAUCGUCACUGGAAUUGGUGUGGGGGUGGGUGCUGUUGGUGGAGUCACUGCUGGUGCCUCAAACAUCACAAAUAUGGUCAAUCAGUCCUCUGAUCGAAAAACAGUUCAUAGCAUCAUUAAAGAGCUUGAACAGAAAAUUAGUGCAGUUGUCUCUUGGCUCGUGGAGAUUAGCUAUAGUUUUCAAGCCAUCAGCAGUAUAUAUGCAGAUGUGUGUGACGAUGAUGGAAACUUUUCAAAUGAAAACAUAAAGAAGAUUGGUUUGCGUGCAGGAAGAAACCUCAGUGGUAUUACUGAACUAAUCCGGCUGGUUAGAGUAGUUAACAUCGGUAAAAUUGCUGCACAGACAUCAAGAGCAGUGCGUGUGGCAGAGGUUGCAACAGGUAUACUGUCUGGUUUAUUUGUAGCAGUGGACAUCUUCUUCAUUGCAAUGGAUGCAAAAGAGAUUCAUGACAUUAAGCAGGCUAGGGUUGCAGAGACAAGUGCAGCUUCUCCACAGUCAGCAGAUGAAAUGGAUAAUUCUGCACAGACCUCAGAUGAGACUAUGCUCAUUAACAGCUCACUGAUGCAAGAAUCUGACCCUGCUGAAAACAAUCAGACCAUGGACCAGGCUACCCCAAAGAAGGCUGAAAUCAGAUCUGAGGUUAUGAAAUUUGUAAAAUCAGUCAGGGAGGCAGCGGAAAACAUGGAAAAAGUCUUAGCUGAAUUAAAAACUGUGAUCCAAUCUAUCCCUUCAUUUCUAGAACACAAUGAGAUGGAAUGGCAGAAUAUGGAAUUAAUGUAAACAGUUAUAAACAGCCUCUCAUUCCCUAAGUAAAAUUUAGGGAUGCACUACAUUAUUUGAACUUAUUGAACUAGACUAUGAACCAGCACUGUAUAUAUGAAAAUAUUUCAAAUCAAAACAAAAAUAAAGCUUUGUUUCUUGAGUUACAUUAUUUAAAGUAUAGCAACAAUUUAUAUCAGUGCCUAUUAUACUGAUAUGUGACCUUUGUAUAGUGUUUGCUAACCCUAUAAAGGAAGUUUGAAAUUACUUUGUCUUAUUGAAUUUUGCAAGUGUUGAGCAAUACAAUACAAUUGUCAAUUGUUACAUGUUUUAAAGUCAGUAUCUUUGCACUUGAUUUCACAUUUUAAUGUCUAUGUUUGAUGUAAGGAUAUCUCAAAAUUUAACUUGCUAAGGCAAUAAAAGUACUAUUAACAUUGUAUAUAAAAGCCUAAAAUAAUGGUCAUAGUGGCAAUACUUUAGUACAGUAUACUGUAACCUCUCUCAUCACACUGUAUUUCUAACUUUCUUUAAUAUCAUGUUGCUUUUUUUUUUCCUCAGUUAUAUGCAGAC